AUGGACGCCGCCGCGCUGCAGGCCUCGUCGCCGUCGCCGUCGUCCCCGUCGAAGCUGCGCGACAAGCUGCGGACCACGGUGUGCUGCUGCUUCGGCGUGGGAAGCGGCGGCGCGGAGAGGACGAGGUGGCGGCGGCGGGGCGCGACCGCGGGCGAGUUCCGGUACGACGCGCUCAGCUACGCGCUCAACUUCGACGAGGGCGAGGACGACGACGCGUACGCGGACCCCGCCGCCGCCUUCCGGUACAGGAACUUCAACGCGCGCCUCCCGCCCUCGCCGGCCGCCGCUGCCGCGGUGGGGACCCAGCGGCAGCGGGCCACGGCCAUCGCCAUCGCCUAG